GAGGAGGGAGGGAGACUGAGGGAGAGAGAAACCGAGAGAGAGAGUAAGUGGAAAGCAGCAGAGAGAACGGAAGCAAUUUACUCCUUCCAUUAAGACCUCUCGGGAACUGUUUCGUGGUACCGCGCUCCUUUAAAAAAAACGCAUCCGUCGCUCUGGCCUUUAUAUUUUUUUUGCGCUCGACUUCUCUGCACCCACCGGCUGUGUGGAGCUCGAAAACACAUGGGGUGUUAUUGGGACGACGGCUGCAACGAGAGAGAGAGAGAGAGACAGGCGAAAUAAUUUGUCAUCGUCGUCCGUCAAGCCCGCGUCAACACGCCGCCGACCACGAAAACGCUGAGUGAUCGCGCGGGAGUUGAAUCGAGCUUCUACGCGGAAAUUUGCAGGUAUCAGGCGGUUGGUAAAUCUGACUAAUCGUGCAACAGCGGGGGGGGGAACACAAUAGAAACUCUGUUUUGCCGUCUUCUAAGGACUUGGUAAAAGUCGCUCCUUUAAACAGGACGCUCGUUAAAAAAAUUAAUCGGCUGCGUUCGGCGCUUUUCGAUUGAAGGCCGUUAGUCGGCCUUAGGAGAGAGAAAAACGAAACGGGAACACUAAUGAAGCGCAAUGCCAAUUGUUAGGAGAGAAGUGUUGACUUUGGCUGUCCCGCCCAGCUUAAUGCGCAACGCAGACUCAUGCCGGUAAACAAAAUAAAAGUACGAAUUAGUUUCGUUCCGCCAAGAAUGCUCGUAAAAACCCGUAACGUUGGUGGAACGUUGAAGCUCUUCUAAUUCCAUCAAGUUCAGAAAAAUCCAGCAAACCUCUCGUUGCUCUUCCAAGCGGGUGUACGAAGCUGUAGACCUGGGACUCGGGACGUCUCAGACCCUAGGGACAAAUAAGGUGUUUGUGGUUUUCUCUCGAGUAGAACGGUGGGGAAAACGCCAGCAGCGAACAUCCGAAGCCAAACAGACCGUCCUGGCACGGGACACUGGCGAGGAAAUGGCGACCUCCCGACCACCGUCCCGUUUCGCCGGCACGCCCCGCGCUGGAUCCGUUCUGAGUUCAGGGGCCUUCAGGACAUGAGGGCGACCGUCACAGCAAUAGCGGAGGCGGCGGUGACGGUGCCGGUAGCGACGGUAGCGGCGGUAAAACCCUCGGUCAACGCUCGCAAGGCGACCCGCCGGUCGGCAUGAUCUCCCGACCCAAGUACAUGCGCAUACGCGAGUCGGACUCCGGUGACGUCUCGCCAGAACCCGCGCCGGAACAUCCGGCACGCGCCACCGCUGGCAGCCCGCCGCCGGACGACGCGGACAGGUGGUCGGCGCGAUCGUGCGACCGGUUGCUGCCGCUGCCCUCGCCGGCGGAGCUGCCGGCGCCGAGCAGGAGCGACUCGGACGGGACCCCGCGAUUGUGGAGGCGGCAACGUCGGCGCCAUCUCUCGGACUCCGACUCCCGGCUCGCGUUCGCUCCCACCGCGCCGGGCGACGCGCCACCCGGCGCCGUCGGCGGCGGCGGAUUUGGCGACGGAGAGGACGAAGAGGGGGAGGAGGAUGACGAUGUCAGCGAGGACAACGACCCAGAGGGGGAGGAGGACCGCGAUGCCGAGAGGGGGCAGGAGGAAGAGGAGGAGACCACGACGCUCUGCGCGUUCCUGCCGCGGAUGCGAGGGCUUAGCCGCGGCCGCCUGGGCCUGCGCUCGCUGGUGCGGGAGUUGGCCACCAUCUCCCGGAUGAGCUGUGAGGGCCCCGCGAGGGACGGCUGUGCGUCGCCGUCGCGCGCGCCCGUGCCUCCGGCCCCCUCCUCGGGCGGCGGAGGCGGCGCCGGCGCCGGCGGCGGUGGCGGUGGAAGCGCCAGCAAGGACUCGAGUCGCUACACGAGCGGGCGAGCGGGGAGGGGCGACCCCGGCGACGAGUGGAGAAGCAACGGCAACUUCAUCAGCAAGCCGACACGCGGAUGGAUCCAUGGUGACGAUCAGAUCAUGGGCUCUGGCGUGGCCUAUACUGUGCGGUACAUGGGCUGCGUUGAGGUUCUCAAAUCGAUGCGGUCUCUGGAUUUCAACACUCGGACUCUUGUGACCAGGGAGGCGAUUGGCAGGGUGUGCGAGGCUGUGCCGGGCUCAAAUGGAUCUUUCCGACGACGAAAGGGCCCGAGCCAGACGCUGGGCGACGUCCUGGGCAAGAGCAACCUGCAGUUCGCCGGUCUCGACAUCAUCCUCACCAUAUCCAUCUCCAGCCUCAACCUCAUGACGCCCGAGACCAAACAGAUCAUUGCCAACCACCACAUGCAGUCCAUAUCCUUCGCUUCAGGCGGAGACCAGGAAACGACCGAUUACGUUGCAUAUGUGGCCAAAGAUCCUGUGAAUCAGAGAGCGUGCCAUGUGCUCGAGUGUCUGGAAGGGCUGGCGCAGGACGUGAUUUGUACCAUCGGGCAGGCCUUUGAGCAGAGGUUCAAGCAGUACCUCAAGAGUCCAGCACGACCCGCGGCCGUUGCUGCCACCACCAACGCCGCCGCCGCCGCCGCCAUCCCACACUCCAGGCCGGAGGGCGGCGAUGGUGCGACGGAGAGAGAGGAGGACGAGGAGGAGGUGUCCAGAGCCACGGGGCGUGACCACGAGUACUACAAUGACCUCCCCGCCAAGGAGCCCCCCCCUGGGGGGCUGGUGGACGCACGCACGCUGGAGGGGGCCGGAGGGGGCGGGGCAGGAGCGGGGGGCACUGCGUGGGCCGGGGCGCGACCACAGCGGCCUCCGCAAUCGUCCAUGGCAACAAGAGGCGAGAACGGGACGGCGGCGGGGAAGUCUGUGUACGACAGCAACGCGAGCUACCAGAGGCAGUCAUCGAGUGCAGCCGACGGCAGUGGAGGAAUGCGGCCUGGGGCCCGCGUGGAGGCCACAGAGGACCCGAGCUACGUCAACACGAGCGACAUGGACGGAGGGGGGCUGUCCUCGGAGCGGCUGCGGGGAGAGCCAUGGUUCCACGGCCGCGUGAGCCGCGGCGAUGCCGAGAAGCUGCUGAGCCGCGAUGGCGACUUCCUGGUGCGGGAGAGCGGUUCCACUCCGGGCCAGUACGUCCUGACCGGCAUGCAGGGCGGUCGGCCCAAGCACCUGCUGCUCGUCGACCCCGAGGGCGUGGUGCGCACCAAGGACCGCAAGUUCGACAGCGUCAAUCAUCUCAUCAGCUUCCACCGCGACAACCAGCUGCCCAUCAUCUCGGCCGGCUCGGAGCUCUGCCUCAAGCAGCCAGUGCAUCGCAAGCUCUGAGUCAGCGACGAUGGUGGCGACGAAGAUGAUGAUGACGAUAAUGACGACAGCGAAAGCGGUGAUGGGAGGAGGAGCAGGAGGCGAAUCCGGGUCAUGGGUCA